AUGAAAAGCCUACAGGCGCUAGUGCUUCUCAUCUGGACGUUCUCAUGCCACAAAGUUCUCACCUUGAAAUGCUACGACUGUGAUUCAAGGACGAAUCCGAACUGCGGUGUCCCAUUCAAUGCUGCCCACCUUGAUACCUGUGUGGGAGCCUACUGUUUGAAAAAUGUCAGCUGGAGAGGUCGAGGAUCAACUUAUCCUCCACCACAAUCAAACGUGAUAGCAGUCGUCAGAGCGUGCAGCAGUGUGUGGCAAAAUUUCCAGUGGGGCUCGCCAGGACUGGGAAACUCCAAAGUUCAGACGUGUAAUGACGUGGAUUACUGCAACAAGCCGCAGAUAAGUUGGGUUCAGCAGUAUGGUUCCCAUUCAAAUAAAUUUCUCUAUUUUGAGUCAGGAUACGACGGCGGAAGUUUCCUGAAAUGUUACACAUGUUCCGGAGAGGCCUGCCAGCAUUCCUUGGUUAACAUGGAUACGUGCAGAGGUUACAGCUGCUAUAGAAAGGUCGUCAGGGGCGAAGGUAGUAAGAGUGAUAUUGUUAAGAGUGUGUAA